AUGAGCCUUAUCCGCUACACGACAAGCGAUACGCCAGCCUCUCCACGUCAAUUAUUAGUUUGUGAUGAUACAAGAUACAUCAAGUUUCCUUCCACUUCGGGGCUGUUCGUUUUUCUACCUAAAGCUUCAAUCAAUCAAGUCCAGUGCUUGCAGAGAUGCAUCAGUAUCCAUUCUUUUGGACCCCGGCUUCCCCACUCGGGCACUUUUUGGGUGGUGAGGAUUUGGAAAGCGCGUCGCGUACCACCUUCAGCUAGAACAACACAGCCCUAA